ACCACCACUACUGUCCAUGGACUCCUCAAUUUCUAGUUCCGCUUCGCUCUCCGCUCUGAAGUUCCGUUGCUUCGAUCCUACCUACGCUUACUCUGCAACAACCGCCAAUCACAGCCGCUUAUUGUCCAACUUGUCUCCGAGGAGUUUCGCUGUGAACUCCAGGGGCAAUAUGGAGACUUCCGAGAAUUCGGAACGUAAAAUCGUUACUGGUGACGCCGGUUAUGUUCUCGAAGAUGUUCCGCAUUUAACGGAUUAUGUUCUCGAUCUUCCAACAUAUCCGAAUCCAUUGCAAGACAAUCCAUCUUAUUCUGUUGUUAAGCAAUAUUUUGUUAACCUUGAUGACACUGUUGCGCAAAAAAUUGUUGUUCAGAAGGAUAGUCCAAGAGGGACGCAUUUUAGGCGUGCCGGACCUCGUCAGAAGAUCUAUUUUGAAUCAGAUGAAGUAUAUGCUUGUAUUGUAACUUGUGGUGGCCUUUGCCCCGGUCUGAAUACGGUAAUAAGAGAAAUAGUAUGCGGCUUACAUCAUAUGUAUGGAGUCAAUAAAGUUCUGGGAAUAGAGGGAGGAUACAGAGGCUUUUAUGCUCGGAAUACGAUUCCCCUGACACCAAAGGUUGUGAAUGACAUCCAUAAGCGAGGUGGCACGAUUCUGGGGACAUCGCGUGGGGGUCAUGAUACCUCAAAGAUCGUGGAUAGCAUUCAGGACCGAGGCAUUAAUCAGGUUUAUAUUAUUGGAGGAGAUGGAACUCAGAGAGGGGCUUCUUUAAUUUUUGAGGAAAUCAGAAGGCGUGGCCUCAAAGUAGCAGUGGCUGGAAUUCCUAAGACCAUUGACAAUGACAUUCCGGUUAUAGACAAGUCAUUUGGUUUUGAUACAGCCGUUGAGGAGGCUCAACGAGCAAUCAAUGCCGCCCAUGUUGAAUCAGAAAGCAUUGAGAAUGGUAUUGGUGUUGUCAAGUUAAUGGGUCGCUACAGUGGAUUCAUAGCAAUGUAUGCUACUCUUGCCAGCCGAGACGUGGACUGCUGCUUAAUUCCAGAAUCACCAUUUUAUCUUGAAGGGCCUGGUGGACUUCUUGAAUAUGUUGAAAAAAGAUUAAAAGAAAAUGGACACAUGGUCAUUGUCAUAGCUGAAGGUGCUGGACAAGAUCUUCUUUCUGAAAGCAUGCGUAGUAAGGACCAUCAAGAUGCUUCAGGAAACAAACUACUCCAAGAUGUUGGGUUGUGGAUAUCUCAGAAGAUAAAGGAUCACUUUGCAAAAAGGAAAAUGAUGCCUAUAAAUCUGAAAUAUAUAGAUCCCACAUACAUGAUCCGCGCUGUUCCAAGCAACGCAUCUGACAAUGUUUACAGCACACUUCUUGCUCACAGUGCCAUUCAUGGUGCAAUGGCAGGAUAUACAGCUUCAAUUUGGCUCUGUUAAUGGGAGC